UUUACUCCAUCGUGCAGCCCGGAGCUCCUCAGACACCUUUAAUAUCCACAGAUCCCCACAAACCGGAUCAAGUUCGGAUACUCGCUCAAUAAACGCAAAAAAAUAGACUUUUGCGCGUUUUUAAAAAGCAAUAUAUAUUUUUUUGCAUUAGACAGUUUCUUUAAAUUAGAUCUUAUUUUAUCUUUAUCGUCUUAACGCUUUGUUGUACGAUACCAUAUACAGUCAUCCAGGCGCUAUUUUUAAGUGCCCUUGGCAAGAGCUCGCGCUUGAAGCGACUGUCUUUGAGAACUUAAUUUUAGUAUUAGCCUAUAUAUGAGAACUCAGCGUAUGCCAUCUAAUUGUGUCUGUUCAGUUGUGUUUUUGUUUGCUUGUUUUUUUUUGACAAGCCUGAACUUGUCCAUUUGUUCAACCAUGAACUAGGUUUAGUUUUCUCAUAAAGAACCAGUGGUAGGCUAUAUUCAUACAUUUUUUUCAAGGUUAUGAAACGCAAAGACGACCGCUAGACAAAACCGAUCAGCUGUUAUACACAUCGAUUAUUCUGUGUCUUUUUCAGAUCUCUCUUUAUUUGAGCCGCGUGUUGAUCCGGGUUUUUAAGGAUGUCUGUUCACAACGUUGCCUCGAGAAGUUCUGAAAAGCUGCUUUUCUUUGGGUUUUUGGUUCUGGUUCGGUCGGUCUCGUGUCAUGGGUUUGCUGAAGAGGUCACCCCAGGCUCUUAUGAUUUUGGCUCUGUUAUUCUGGAGCCUCUGGAAGGGUUGAGAAAAUACGUGGAGUCCAUUGUUGGCACCCAUGUGAUUGAGAUUUGCAUUGAGUUUGUCGAAAUGUUGCUGCAGUUUGUUGCUGAAGGGGCUGCCAGUGGACUGAAUGUCAUUGCUGUGUAUGUAUCUGAGAUUCUCAGAGCUACAGGAGUCAACGAGUCGAUAUCAGUGCCUCAUUUCACCGCCGAGGGCGUGUCUGCUGUGACCAAGUGGGCUUUGCUGGCUCUGAUUGGAUACUGGCUCCUGUCCUUGCUGCUGCGAGUUGCCGUGGGGCUUGUAAGGCGAGCUUUUUGGCUGAUUAAAGCGGUCAUAGUGCUGUGGCUGUUUGUGCGGAUCGUCGGUGACCCCGCCGCCCCCACUGAAGUCACUACAAUGAGACUGACUCUACUAGUACUCAUCUGUGCUGUGUUUGGAGUCGCUACGAGCCGCGGCGGUGGGACAGGAGGCAAUCUGGAAAGCCGACUCAGCAGACUGGAGGGACAAGUCAAAGGCCUGGAAAAGAAGAAAACACAGUAACGAGCAGCUCAAAACAAGGAUACGGACUCAUGAUAACUGGGAGAUGAGGACUCAGGGAUGACAUCUGAAGUGUUGUAUGCAACUCACAACAGCCUUAGGAGUAUUUAUAUCUGAUUUUGCCAGUUCUUUCUUGUUUUGAAUAUAUUUCAUAAUUCAUUGGGCCACAGAGACUACUCCCAUAUUGUUUUUACUAAAAUGUAAAGCAAGAAGAAAAAACUUCACCCUAAAGCUCUGUGAAUUUAAUGUGCUACCAUUAAAGUUUUCCUUGAUUGCUUCA